AUGCUGGGAGGAGGAGGAAGAGGAGGAGGAGGAGGAGGAGGUGACGCCAGCAGAGGCUGCAGAGAUGCUAACAGCACCGACACACAAACACACUCUAAAAAGAGCUAGCUGCUAGCACUGCUAACACACACAGACAGACAGACAGACAGGUGGAGGCAGACAGACAGGUGGAGGCAGACAGACAGGUGGAGGCAGACAGACAGGUGGAGGCAGACAGAUGCUGAUGCUGCAGUACUCUGACAGCCUGAGCUGCAGUGAAGCUAGCUGCUGUUAGCAUGCUGAGCUAAUCUACUGUCACAGCCAUGAACGGUGGGAGGCUUCCUAUUGGACGGUCCAGAUGUAGUCAAAGUUCAGGUUGACUGACGGCUCAGUGGCAGGGGGCGGAGCCUGCAGGAGGAGGUGGUGAUGUCAAAGCGAGGAGCAGGGGGGCGGGGGAAGGGGGAGCGAACGGAUGCCAUGACAACCCUUCAAGCAGCCAAUGAAGAGCUUCGAGCCAAACUGACCGACAUCCAGAUCGAACUACAACAGGAGAAGAACAAGGUGAGCCGUCUAGAAAGGGAGAAGAGUCAGGAGCUGAAGGCGGAGCAUCACCGAGCAACCGUCGCCGUGACGGAGCUGAAGACAAAACUCCAUGAAGAGAAGCAAAAGGAACUGGCGGUAACCAGGGAGACGUUACUACGGCAACAUGAGAUGGAGCUCAUGAGGGUCAUCAAGAUCAAAGAUGGAGAAAUCCAACGCCUCAAUGGCCUGGUGCUUACACUGAGGGAUGGAUCCACGGACAAGGUGAGGAGCGCCCUGCUGGCUGAGGUGGAGGACGCCAGGAGGAGCUGGGAAGCAGAGCGCUGUCGCUUCCAGCAGGAGGUUCAGGAGCUGCGAGGAGCAAAGAGGAGCGCUGAGGAAGCUCUGACAUCCGCUCAGCAGGCCUGCCAGGCCCGAGCAGCCGAGCUCCGAUCAGCUCAUCACCAACACCAGGAGGAGCUGAACCGAACCAAGAGAGACUGUGAGCGGGAGAUCCGCCGACUGAUGGAUGAGAUAAAGCUGAAGGACAGGGCGGUCAGCGUCCUGGAUAAGGCGUUGGGGCUGCAGGCUGGCCACGCCCAUCGGCUGCAGCUGCAGACUCAGGCAGCUGAGCAGCAAAUCGCAGCCCUGAGAGACGCUCAGAGGGCGGGGCUUAACCACCCCACGCCCAACCCCCCCUCUAACAGCACGCCCCUCAUUUCUCAGGAGGAUCGAGACACUCGCAGGUUUCAGCUGAAGAUCGCUGAGCUAAGCGCCGUAGUCAGGAAGCUGGAGGACCGAAACGCUCUGCUGUCUGAGGAACGCAACGAGCUGCUGAAGCGUCUGAGGGAAGCUGAGAGUCAGUUUCUUCCUCUUCUGGACAAAAACAAGCGUCUGAGCAGGAAGAACGAAGAGCUGGCUCUCGCUCUGCGUCGCCUCGACAACAAGCUUCGCUUCGUCACCCAGGAGAACCUGGAGAUGGUAACUAUGAGGAGGCCGAGUUCGUUGAAUGACCUGGACCGCAGCCACUCCACCAGUUACCAUGGUUACAGCCAGGAUGAGAGGGAGAUGGAGUUUCUACGAUUACAGGUGCUAGAGCAGCAGCACAUCAUCGAGGACCUGUCCAAGGCUCUGGAAACAGCUGGCUAUGUGAAGAACGUCAUUGAGAGGGACAUGUUACUGCGAUACCGACGCCAGGACUCAGUCAGGAGGAAACGGACCUUCAGAGCCUGCAGGGUGAUUGAGACGUUCUAUGGUUAUGAUGAAGAGGCGUCUGUGGACUCUGAUGGAUCAUCUUUAUCGUUUCACACCGACAGAACCCCAGAUACAGAACCAGAGGAGGUGUGUGUACGUGAGGAGGCGGAGCUUCGGUACCGUCAGCUGACUCAGGAGUAUCAGGCGCUGCAGCGAGCCUACGCGCUAUUGGCCGAGACCAGUGGAGGGAACUACGACGCUGAGAAAGAGAUCAAGACCAGAGAACAGUUGCUGGCGGAGAUCAGUCGGUUCCAGACACGAGUAGCAGAUCUGGAGUCGGCGCUGAAACAACAAGGACUGGAUGUAAAGUGGGUGGAGGAGAAGCAGCUGCUGUAUCAGAGGAACCAGGAGCUGGUGGAGAAGGUGAGGCGGAUGGAAGGAGAAGAGCUGCGACUGCAGAACGACAUCCAGGACGUCAGAGACCAGAACGAGCUGCUGGAGUUCAGGAUCCUCGAGCUGGAGGAGAGAGAGCGACGCUCACCUGGCAUGAACUUCCCACAACUACAUUUCCCAGAAGGCCUCAGUCCUCUGCAGAUAUACUGUGAGGCAGAAGGAGUCACUGACAUUGUGAUCAGUGAGUUGAUGAAGAAGCUGGACAUUCUGGGAGAUAACGCCGUAAGUACUCUGUCCAAUGAGGAGCAGGUGGUGGUGAUCCAUGCCAGGACAGUGCUGACUCUGGCAGAGAAGUGGCUGGAAUCCAUUGAGGUGACCAGGUCGGCUCUGCAGCAGAAGAUGUUGGACAUAGAGAGUGAGAAGGAUCUGUUCAGUAAACAAAAAGGUUACCUGGAUGAAGAGCUCGACUACAGGAAGCAGUCCAUGGAUCAGGCCCACAAGAGGAUCCUAGAGCUGGAGGCCAUGCUGUUUGAAGCUCUUCAGCAGGAAGAGGAGUCCAGGAUGGAGGGUUUGAAGAUGGAGGAGGGCCGCCUGUCCGAGACUCUCACUGAGGAGGAGAGGGAGGAGCUAAGGAGGGCCAUGGACCAAUGGAAACGCACCGUGAUGUGUGAGCUGAGAGAGAGAGACGCACAAAUUCUCCGAGAGAGGAUGGAACUACUGCAGCUCACCCAGCAGGUAGACGGCAACACAACAGGUACACAACAGGCACACAACAGGUAUAUGACAGGCACACAACAGGCACACAACAGGCACACAACAGGCACACAACAGGUAUAUGACAGGCACACAACAGGCACACAACAGGCACACAACUGGGAAACAACUGUAACACAACAGACACACAACAGUCACACAACAGGCACACAACAGGCACAGAACUGGGAAACAACUGUAACACAACAGACACACAACAGUCACACAACAGGUACACAACAGGAAAACAACAGGUACAUAACAGAGACACAACAGGCACACAACAGGCACACAACAGGCACACAACAGGUAUAUGACAGGCACACAACAGGCACACAACAGGCACACAACUGGGAAACAACUGUAACACAACAGACACACAACAGUCACACAACAGGCACACAACAGGCACACAACAGGCACACAACAGGCACACAACAGGAAAACAACAGGUACAUAACAGAGACACAACAGACACACAACAGGCACACAACAGGCACACAACAGACACACAACAGGCACACAACAAGCACACAACAGUUACACAACAGACACACAACAGACACACAACAGGCACACAACAAGCACACAACAGUUACACAACAGACACAAAACAGGCACACAACAGUUACACAACAGACACACAACAGACACACAACAGACACACAACAGGUACACAACAGACACACAACAGGAAAACAACAGGUACAUAACAGAGACACAACAGACACACAACAGGAAAACAACAGGUACAUAACAGAGACACAACAGGCACACAACAGUUACACAACAGACACAACAGGUACACAACAGGUACACAACAGACACACAACAGGUACACAACAGGUACACAACAGACACACAACAGACACACAACAGGUACACAACAGGACAACGACAGGUACACAACAGGAAAACAACAGGUACAUAACAGAGACACAACAGACACACAACAGGACAACGACAGGUACACAACAGGAAAACAACAGGUACAUAACAGAGACACAACAGACACACAACAGGACAACGACAGGUACACAACAGGAAAACAACAGGUACAUAACAGAGACACAACAGGCACACAACAGUUACACAACAGACACACAACAGGUACACAACAGGUACACAACAGACACACAACAGGUACACAACAGUUACACAACAGACACACAACAGACACACAACAGGUACACAACAGGACAACGACAGGACAACGACAGGUACACAACAGGAAAACAACAGGUACAUAACAGAGACACAACAGGCACACAACAGUUACACAACAGACACACAACAGGUACACAACAGGUACACAACAGACACGCAACAGGUACACAACAGACACAACAGGUACACAACAGACACACAACAGACACACAACAGGUACAUAACAGAGACACAACAGGCACACAACAGGUACACAACAGACACACAACAGGUACACAACAGACACACAACAGACACACAACAGGCACACAACAGACACACAACAGGUACACAACAGGUACACAACAGACACACAACAGGUACACAACAGGCACACAACAGGAAAACAACAGGUACAUAACAGAGACACAACAGGCACACAACAGUUACACAACAGACACACAACAGGUACACAACAGGUACACAACAGACACAACAGGUACACAACAGACACACAACAGGUACAUAACAGAGACACAACAGGCACACAACAGGUACACAACAGGUACACAACAGACACACAACAGGUACACAACAGACACACAACAGGCACACAACAGGCACACAACAGACACACAACAGACACACAACAGGUACACAACAGACACACAACAGGUACACAACAGACACGCAACAGGUACACAACAGACACAACAGGUACACAACAGACACACAACAGACACACAACAGGUACAUAACAGAGACACAACAGGCACACAACAGGUACACAACAGACACACAACAGGUACACAACAGACACACAACAGACACACAACAGGCACACAACAGGCACACAACAGACACACAACAGAUACACAACAGACACACAACAGGUACACAACAGGUACACAACAGACACACAACAGGUACACAACAGGCACACAACAGGUACACAACAGGACAACGACAGGUACACAACAGGAAAACAACAGGUACAUAACAGAGACACAACAGGCACACAACAGGUACACAACAGACACACAACAGGUACACAACAGACACACAACAGGCACACAACAGGCACACAACAGACACACAACAGACACACAACAGGUACACAACAGACACACAACAGACACACAACAGGUACACAACAGGCACACAACAUGUACACAACAGACACACAACAGGCACACAACAGGUACACAACAGACACACAACAGGUACACAACAGACACACAACAGGCACACAACAGGUACACAACAGGCACACAACAUGUACACAAUAGACACACAACAGGCACACAACAGGUACACAACAGACACACAACAGGUACACAACAGACACACAACAGGCACACAACAUGUACACAACAGACACACAACAGGCACACAACAGGUACACAACAGGUACACAACAGGCACACAACAGGCACACAACAUGUACACAACAGACACACAACAGGCACACAACAGGUACACAACAGACACACAACAGGUACACAACAGACACACAACAGGCACACAACAUGUACACAACAGACACACAACAGACACACAACAGGUACACAACAGGUACACAACAGACACACAACAGACACAACAGGUACACAACAGACACACAACAGGUACACAACAGGUACACAACAGACACACAACAGGUACACAACAGACACACAACAGGUACACAACAGGUACACAACAGACACACAACAGGUACACAACAGACACACAACAGGUACACAACAGGUACACAACAGACACACAACAGGUACACAACAGACACACAACAGGUACACAACAGACACACAACAGGCACACAACAGGCACACAACAGGCACACAACAGGUACACAACAGGUACACAACAGACACACAACAGGCACACAACAUGUACACAACAGACACACAACAGGUACAUAACAGACACACAACAGGUACACAACAGGCACACAACAGGUACACAACAGACACACAACAGGCACACAACAGGUACACAAUAGACACACAACAGGUACACAACAGACACACAACAGGCACACAACAGACACACAACAGACACACAACAGGUACACAACAGGCACACAACAUGCACACAACAGGUACACAACAGACACACAACAGGUACACAACAGACACACAACAGGUACACAACAGACACACAACAGGUACACAACAGGCACACAACAUGUACACAACAGACACACAACAGGCACACAACAGGUACACAACAGACACACAACAGGUACACAACAGACACACAACAGGCACACAACAUGUACACAACAGACACACAACAGGCACACAACAGGUACACAACAGACACACAACAGGUACACAACAGGCACACAACAGACACACAACAGGUACACAACAGGUACACAACAGGCACACAACAUGUACACAACAGACACACAACAGACACACAACAGGCACACAACAGGUACACAACAGACACACAACAGGCACACAACAUGUACACAGCAGUUACACAACAGACACACAACAGGCACACAACAGGCACACAACAGGUACACAACAGGUACACAACAGGUACAUAACAGACACACAAGAGGUACACAACAGGCACACAACAGGUACACAACAGGUACACAACAGACACACAACAGGCACACAACAGGUACAUAACAGACACACAAGAGGUACACAACAGGCACACAACAGGUACACAACAGACACACAACAGACACACAACAGGCACACAACAGACACACAACAGGCACACAACAGGUACACAACAGGUACACAACAGGCACACAACAGGUACACAACAGGAAAACAACAGGUACAUAACAGACACACAAGAGGUACACAACAGGCACACAACAGGUACACAACAGGCACACAACAGUUACACAACAGACACACAACAGGCACACAACAUGUACACAACAGACACACAACAGGCACACAACAGGAAAACAACAGACACACAACAGGUACACAACAGGCACACAACAGGAAAACAACAGGCACAAAACAGGUACACAACAGGUACACAAUAGGCACACAACUGUAACACGACAGGUACACCUCAGAUGACCUCUAGUGACCUCUAGUGACCUCCCACCAAGCAGGCAAUUUUCAGAUGUGGUGCGUUUGAAAGCAGAUGUGAACACAUACCUAAACAGCAGUAAAUAAAAACAGGAACACAACAGGCAGUGUGUGGUCACAGGAUUGAGUGUUUGAUGUUGUGGGUCUGUGUGACAGAGAAACAAGGAGCUGGAGGAGUUUAUAGAAGCACAGAAGCGGCAGAUCAAAGAGCUGGAGGAGAAGUUUUUAUUCCUGUUUCUAUUCUUCUCUUUGGCCUUCAUCCUCUGGUCCUAGUAGCAGUCCAGCAGCUGGACCUCGGGCUCGGUCCAGAUCGGACAGGUGUGUCAGAAGGUUUCCUACCUGAGCCUUCCCUGCUGUCAGCCAACCAGAGCACGGACCUGCCGUCGGCCGAGUCUGCAGCUGCUGCAUCACACCUUCCUAGAAUGCCGCUGUGCUGUCGGGAUGAUGGGUGGUUUCCAUGGUAACGGAGGGACACUGUUGGUACUGAAGGAUCAGCUGAGUCACUCAAACUGGUGCUGGACCCCUGAUGCUAGUGGAGCUAGCGGAGGUUUCUGGUUCCUGCAGUUAGCUCAGCUGGUUGGUGCACUGGGUCUGAAGGAGGGAACUAACAGAGAUCCAUCUGAAGCCCAGCAGAGGGUGCUACGUUCAAUGGAGAACAUCUGUAAGAACACAGAUGGAGAACAUCAGCAGCUGUUCUGAUAGAAGCUCAAGUUAAUUAUUCUUUGUUCUGACUGGCUGUCAGGAUUCACGCCAUAGAGGUUAAGGAGCUAAAGUUACAGUCUGCAGCCUGCUUGGUUCUCCUGGGACCAGAAGCUGAUGAAGGAACCAUCUUCAGGAUAUCAGGAGGUCUGCUGGGGGUGAAAGUGUGAGGAGAACCAGAGAACUCUCUGAGCAAAACUACAGAACCAAACAAAAUUAUGUUCCAUGUAGGCCCAGGUGAUCCAGACUAACCAGGCCCAGGUGAUCCAGACUAACCAGGCCCAGGUGAUCCAGACUAACCAGGCCCAGGUGAUCCAGACUAACCAGGUCCAGGUGAUCCAGACUAACCAGGCCCAGGUGAUCCAGACUAACCAGGUCCAAGUGAUCCAGACUAACCAGGCCCAGGUGAUCCAGACUAACCAGGUCCAGGUGAUCCAGACUAACCAGGCCCAGGUGAUCCAGACUAACCAGGUCCAGGUGAUCCAGACUAACCAGGUCCAGGUGAUCCAGACUAACCAGGCCCAGGUGAUCCAGACUAACCAGGCCCAGGUGAUCCAGACUAACCAGGUCCAGGUGAUCCAGACUAACCAGGCCCAGGUGAUCCAGACUAACCAGGCCCAGGUGAUCCAGACUAACCAGGCCCAGGUGAUCCAGACUAACCAGGCCCAGGUGAUCCAGGUUGUUGGUGCGGUUAGACAGAUUAAUUUGCUAACACUGAUGGAAUAGUACAGCAUGAGGUGACUGAGUGAUGGAGGAUAAUUUCACAGAACUAAAGGAGAUUAAAUGAUUAUAUCACUCUAUAUGAUUUAUUAGAACUUUAUGAAAUUAUGCACCUUUUUAUUCUGCUGCUGGAAAUAAAAACUGAAAUUACAGUUCAAAUAAAAAGUUUACAUUUAAAAAAUAACUUGCUAUUUUGUACUUUAGUUAAUUUUAAUGUUAACUUGUUUGUUGGGGUUUUUGUUUGUUUGUUUUUGACAUUUUGAGGUUUGAGGUUUGUGAGAUUCACUUUCCAUCUUCAGUUUGAUGUCAGCAGUUUGUUCUUUCAGUGCCAAACUGACUCUGAUAAUCUUUGGAGGUGGAGUAAAAAAACAUCAGCAGUUCGUGUUCCUCUGUGUGAAUUAUCUUCUGCAAGCGUCCUCAUUGUCAGCCUGAGGAAUCUGUUACUGUUGUUUUAAACCUGGAUGUUGUACUUUUAUUAUUCCAGAUGAUAUUUUUCUAUCCCUCCUGUGAGUUGGAGCUCUGUGAACAUCUGAGAAGAAGAUUGACAGUUUGAUGUGAUUAAAAAUGGUAGAAACCACAAUGAA